AUGACUGAUAGGGAGGAACUGAGAACGGGCUGUCCUGCCCACAUCCCCGGCGUGGGCACAUCGUACGGCUAUGUACCAACACUAGCGGCGGGCAUUGCCUAUUGCACUCUCUUUGGACUCUCGAUGAUUUUUCAUACUGCCCAACUUUGGUGGAAGCGAACAUGGUGGUGCAGUGUGUUCAGUAUUGGGUGCUUGGUGGAAUUGAUUGGCUGGGCCGGUCGAACCUGGUCAUCCAAGUGUCCGUAUAACUCGACGGCUUUUCUGAUGCAGAUUUCCACUCUCAUUAUUGGUGAGAAAUUCAGAGCCCCUCAUGUCACUCCACUACCCACGGAUCUUGCUAACCAGCAUCCAGCACCAACCUUCUUCACAGCCGGCAUCUACGUCCUCCUGGGCCGGUUUAUUCAAAUCCUCGGCCGACAGUCAUCCAUCCUCAAACCCAGCCUGUACCUCUGGAUCUUCUGCACCUGCGACAUCAUCUCCCUGGUCGUGCAAGCCAUCGGUGGUGGCAUGGCGUCUAUGGAAGCCAACAAGGUGAACGGCGACACCGCCACUGGCACUAACAUCAUGGUGGCCGGUAUCAUCUUCCAGCUCGUCUCCAUCACCAUCUUUGUCUUCUGCGCAGCCGACUUUGUGCGCCGCACCAUGCGCCACCAGCUCCUCCAGUCCCUGACCGGGUCCGUUGUCCCCCUUCUGGGUGCGAUGAUCUUCUCCGUGCUCUGCAUCUAUGUGCGAAGUAUCUACCGUACCAUCGAGCUGUUGCAGGGCUGGUCUGGAUUCCUGAUCACCCACGAGAAUUACUUCAUCGCGCUCGACGGCGCUAUGAUGGUUGCUGCUGUCGUGGUGUUCAACGUCAUUCACCCUGGCUGGCUGCUGCCCAAAAGUACCAAGACCUUGCGACUGGAACGAGACUUUGCGUCUGAUGAGAUUGAGAUGAACCGUCCCUCGGAGUAA